CGGGCAUACCCACUCAGUUAGCUUGUAAGAGUCGAACAGGGCGGAGGGCAACGGUUUUUUUGGCCACCUAAGCCAAAAAUCAACACGCUUGCUCCGUGUCCAACGAACCGGAGUGCGGGCAGUCGGAGCCAUGCCCAUCCACUGGGACUGGGACUGGGAGCACGACCACGAGCAUGGUGGGGGCCACCACCACUGGCCACCGCCGCGUCGGCACUGGUCCACCGGGGAGUCGAAGUGCCGCCAGAGGCACUACUACCUGUCCCACGACCUGGACGUCUGCGCCCGCGACUUCCACCUGCGGAUGGACGACAGUGCCUGGUGCCAUGGAUCCUGCCUCGUUGGACGCGUGGUGAUCGAGACGGGCACCGAGCCGGACUCCCUGGGCCGGGGCACCUUCAAGGUGGUGCUGGACGUGCACCACUUCCAGAUCGCCGAGCUGACGGUGAAGGCCCGGAACAGCGACACUGUGUGCGUGGAGGGCAAGCAGUCGGAUGACCGCGCGGACAAGGGUCAGUUGUGCAUCACCCGCGAGUUCACGCGAUCCUACAAGCUGCCCCGGCACUAUGAUGCCACCCAGGCCCGGGCCACCUUCUCCGCGGACGGGAUCCUCAUGAUUACGGUCCCCGCACCGCCCAAACUGGACGACGUGGAGCGCCUGGUCGAGAUCGAGCCCACGGGCAACUACUUUGGCAGCGUCUCCGAUCCCACGGCGGCCAAGGCAAUCGAGCAGGCGGAGGCGAAUGGCGAUGGUGGCGAUUCGAGUCCUGCUGGCACGGCGAUGGACAAAUGAAGCCGGCGACGUCUGGCGGUUGCGCGGGGCUGGAGAUUCCUCUUCCCAAUUUGGAGGCGGAAACCCAAACGCGUUUAGGCCGCCAGAGGCAGUCGAUCGGUGGGCAAGGAGCUUAGAGGGCGGAACACAUCCCAGGCACCAGGCACACGCACGUUGGAGUACUUCGCAGAAAAUAGUUACUUGGAUUGUCCUUAUUUUCCUACAUAGCUAGCACGUAGACUCUCGUUCGAAACGUGAGCAAAUAUGGCGCGGUCAACAUUGUUCAAGGGUUUUCUUAAGAUAGCUUCAAUAUAACGUUAAAUAGUUGACAAACGCUUGAGAUUUUGUUUCAUGCCAAUAAAGGACUUUAUCAGAAA